UAUACCACGAGCAGUGUCUCCAUCUCGCAGUGCGCGCUGCCUCUUGUGCUUCACCGAGGACACUUUUUUAAGAAAACAACAUACAGCACUGCGCACGAGACCGACAGAGAGAUAACGGAAACAAAAUGUUUUGAUGAUGCUGGAAUAUCACCCUAAUAUGGAGACUUACUCAUUUGGAUUCUGGACUUCAUAGUGGCAAAAACUUACUCAAUACGCUGUGAGUACAGAGCACGGAGCUGUCACCGAGCACGGAGCUGUUGCGGACCCUUCUCUAUGGAACUGAAGAUGAGGGCAGCUCGCCAGGACGCUGAGGGUCCUCACGUAUUUGACCUAUGUGCUCUAGGCUAUAUCUGUUACCCGAUCACACAACCUAGUGCACAGCGCGUCUCCAUUGGUUAAAUGCUUUAAGACUAAUGAUCAACAAUUGAAUGCUUCCAAGUUAAGCUGUUUGGGGGUGGAAAGGUGCACGCUAUAAAUAACCCAUUAGAAGAUGCGUUUAUGAUGGAUGUAGCCAAGUUUAUCACCGUUACCUACAACACCUUGCAGGAUGCCAACACCUCGAGCGCACCGAGACCUCUCCCGCACACGGAGCUGGGCUCUGCGCUCAUCAUCCUGCUGGUCACCGUGAUCAUUCUGGUCACCAUCGUUGGUAACGUGCUGGUCAUCGUGGCCGUGCUCACCAGCAGGGCUCUCCGCGCGCCCCAGAACCUUUUCCUGGUGUCCCUGGCAUGCGCGGACAUCCUCGUAGCCACACUGGUCAUCCCGUUCUCCCUUGCCAAUGAGGUCAUGGGUUACUGGUACUUUGGGAGCCCCUGGUGCGCCUUUUAUCUGGCACUGGAUGUACUCUUCUGCACCUCGUCUAUAGUCCACCUGUGCGCCAUCAGUCUGGACCGCUACUGGUCCGUCACCAAGGCCGUGAGCUAUAAUCUGAAGCGGACCCCCAAGCGAAUCAAGUCCAUGAUAGCCAUGGUGUGGGUCAUCUCCGCCGUCAUCUCCUUUCCGCCUCUUAUCAUGACCAAGCAUGAUGAGCACGAGUGUCUGUUAAACAACGAAACCUGGUACAUCCUGUCCUCUUGCCUCGUGUCCUUCUUUGCCCCGGGCCUCAUCAUGAUCCUAGUCUACUGUAAGAUCUAUAAAGUCGCCAAGCAGCGCUCUUCCACGGUGUUCGUGGCUAAGAAUGGCCUGGAGAGACAGCCCUCCCAGUCAGAGACGUGCUUCGUGAGGAAGGAGCGGAUGGAGAUAGAGAGCCCCAGUAGCCAGAGCUCCGAGGACCACCACAGGCAGGAGGAGCUGGAUGAUAUCGACCUGGAGGAGAGCUGCUGUGCAUCGGACAACAAACCCCGUAACCACCGCUUCUCCAAGCGAAUGAAGGUGGAGGGCUCGGACUGCUGCCCACGCCAGAACUGCCGCCUAUCUUGGGCCUCGGCGCGCGCCACGCAGCUUUUCCAAGACCCUAAUAACGCAGCCAACCCGGCCCUGGCGGCCCAGCGGCAGCACCUUGCGGUGGCCUCGUCCAAGACCAAAGUGGCCCAGAUGCGUGAGAAGCGAUUCACGUUCGUGCUGGCCGUGGUGAUGGGGGUGUUUGUGCUCUGCUGGUUCCCCUUCUUCUUCACAUAUAGCCUGCACGCAAUCUGCAGGGAGAGCUGCUACAUCCCCGGUGCGCUCUUCAACACCUUCUUCUGGAUUGGUUACUGCAACAGCUCCGUGAACCCUAUCAUAUAUACCAUUUUCAACAGGGAUUUCCGUAAGGCGUUUAAGAAAAUCGUUUGCCGGACUUCAAAACGCACUAAUGCCACUUGAAAAGAAGGGUCACUUUGAUGGCCAUGACUGAUUGACUGUGCUUCACUGCUCAUCGUAUCCAGCGCUCAGCUCUACACCUCUGAAUGACUAUUAGUUUCAAAAUGAACUUUCAUAUGUAAAUAAUAUGAUGAUAUCAUAUCAAAAUAUCUCGUGUUGUGCACCAAUAUGUGAAUAUUAGAAACAAUGUACAGAGGGAAUAGGAUGUAUUAAACAAAAGCAAAAUAUA